CAUCUCUAAAAUAGUUUACAAAUUUCUGAGACAUAAACAUGAAUUUGAACGAAGUCUGUCGUAUAUGCGCCAAUCAAAUCAGAGAUAAAAAACGACAAAAGAAUGUGUUUUGUCAUAAACGUCUUUUAAAACAGCUUCAGCUAAUCACGGGAGUCGUGCUAACAAUGGAGGACGAUGGUCUACCCAAAUUCAUAUGUGAACGCUGUCAAUCCGAAUUGGAUUUGGCUGUAAAAUUUCGCGAGCGUUGCAUAUUUUCACAAAGAUAUCUGAAGGAAAUGCUGGAAAAGGAGUAUGAAACAGGAGAACCAGAGUUUGUAGAAUUGGAUGUUACUGAUGCGCCAAUGGUUGAAUUAGAUGAUGAACAGCUGAUGUUUGAGGAAGAGGGAGUGUUGAUUGAAGUGGAUCACAACUACGAGGACGAGGAGGGUCAAAUUUUAAUAGAAGAUCGGUUGGAGAAAGAAGAGGAAGACGACGAAACUGAUCCUGAAGCAUCUGUAAUGGCUGCGGCAGAAGCAGCAUAUGUAGCUGAUCUUGAAGAACAACAGAAUACAGGGGCGGCCAAAAGUCGGCAACAAUUCUUUAUUUGCGAUGAAUGUGGUCACUUGUCGGUAAAUCUUAACUCCUAUAGUGCGCAUUUAAGGGCUCAUGCGGAUCGUCAAACAAUGAAACGGUUUUAUCCCUGCAACGAGUGUUCGAAAACAUUCACAACCAAAGCCAAAUUAAACAAUCAUCGACAACAGUCCCAUAGCAACGUGCGCAUUUUUAAGUGUUCCACCUGUGGAGAGACCUUUGCUGCCUAUGGAGACAGGCAAAGACAUGAAAAAACUCAUGCCAAUGAACGACCAUAUCCAUGUCUAGAAUGUGAUAUGGUUUUCCUCAGCGUAAAGCAACUGAGACUCCAUUCGGCUUGCCAUGACUCACCGCCCUACAGGUGCGUCCCAUGUGGAAAGGAGUUCCCGAUACGACUGCAUUGGCAUAGUCACAAAAAAAGUAGGGCCCAUAGAGUCGUGGUAACAAAGGUCAAUAGAUACGCGGAAACGAGAAAACGAAUUAAGUUUUAAGCUUAUUAAACAUAUAAGUUUGCAGUGAUCUUUAUCUCGGUAGUUCGCAGAAUGCGAAAUUUGCAAAUUGUGCCGAUUCUAUAUAAAUACAGAUUAUUGAUAGGAAUGAAAUAAAGAAAUUUAAAAAAUUGGGAAA